CAACAAACAUAAUAUAAUAAUACACUUGCUCGCCCAAGUCGAUAUAGAAUGCUCCACGCAGUCGUCUUACUUCGAAUGAAGCCGUAAAACGAACAUCGCUGGUUUGUCAAAGCCGUCCUCUCCGCGCUCUCUCCGGCCGCAACUUUGCUGUGCCUGGAUCUGAUUACUUUUUCGACAUGCGGGACCUCGGCGCUAUUCGGCAUGAGGACAAGCUCGCGCAUCAUACAAAGCUAUCCUCAUCUGCUCUUCUUCGCUACUUGACACAAAAGUCUAGAACGUCUACGAAUCCGCAUAAACGACUAUCACACACUCUUAGCUCAAACUUCAUUCGCAGUGCUCCUGGCGCGUAGAAUCUACUCCUCGAGCCCUCAUCUCCGUCCUUCGUCGUCCCAAUGCCUCUCGCGAAACACGAAUACGUCUCCGAUACAUGGCGUGAUGGCAUCUUCGCCAACAAAGUCGUCUUCUGCACCGGUGGCGCCGGCACCAUCUGCUCUGCACAGGUCCGCGCCAUGGUGCAUCUGGGCGCAAAUGCCUGCAUCAUAGGCCGCAAUCCAGAGAAAACCGAACGCAUGGCCAAAGACAUCGCAACAGCAAGACAAGGCGCGAAGGUGAUAGGUCUAGGCAACGUCGACGUGCGAAAGCUAGACAGUCUGGAGCAAGCCGUGCAAACGUGCGUGCAAGAGCUGGGCGGCAUCGACUUUACAAUCGCCGGCGCAGCAGGAAACUUCCUCGCAACAAUCAACCAGGCCUCCGCCAACGCAUUCAAAUCCGUCAUCGACAUCGACCUACUCGGCUCCUACAACACCCUCAAAGCCACCCUCCCCCACCUCGUCAAAUCCGCCGCCGCACACAGAAUCGACGGCAACACACCACCCCGAAACGGCACAGGCGGCCGCAUCAUCUUCGUAUCCGCCACCCUGCACUACGCCGGCACACCCUUCCAAGCGCCCGCCUCCGCCGCCAAAGCCGCCAUCGACGCGCUCUCCGCCUCCCUCUGCAUCGAACAGGGGCCCCGCGGCAUAACGAGCAAUGUCAUCGCGCCAGGCCCGAUCGCGAAUACCGAAGGCAUGGACCGCCUUGCGCGGCCCGAGGAUGUCCAGGCGUUGACCAGGCUUGUGCCCGUGGGUAGGAUGGGCUCCGUCAAGGAUAUCGCGGAUGCGACGGUCUUUCUCUUCGGAGACACGGGCAACUAUGUGAAUGGCGCGGUUGUGGUCGUGGAUGGGGGCGCGUGGCGAACGGCCGGGCCGAGCGGGAAUGGCAUCGCCUAUCCUGACGCGAUGCUGUCGGAUGAGGUUAUCCAGGGAGUCGCGGGGCGCAAGAAGGCGAAGCUAUGAAUGAGUAGAUUAGUACUGUUGUUGAGCACAACUGCGUUGUUGAGUAUACCGAACGAACGAACGAACGAAACCAUUUCAGCGGCGUUUUCCUGGUUAGGUAGGCUGAUUAGUUUUUGACGUUUCUCCUGAUGGGAUGUUGAGUAUCAUGAAUGACAUCUUUCUGCCCCCCAAAAACCACACAUCCAGUCCAGUACACGCAAUAACACAACACCUCUCGCGUGUAUCCCCCAGAUCACCAUACCCAAUGAAUCUCACAAGGCCACAACGACGCCCAGUAUACUUACUCUUCUCUACGAGAAUUGCAAAGGUGGUGGUAGCUUACCAAC